UUCGGAGGGUGCAUCUAGGGGGAGGUGGGAGGCAGGAAAACAUCUUCCUACCGGUCUCCCUCCUCCCUCCCCUCCAAGACUCUUCAGGGUUUGGAGAGUGAUUGCUGCCCAGAGAGAAUCUUUUCCAGCUCCCAGCUGGCAGGCUAAGGCCCUCCGGAGCCCAAGGCGAGCCCAAGCAGAAGCCAGUAGGGUUAUCUGUGUCAGGAUCAUUUCCAGGGGGAAUAGUUCUGGCCCCUGGCAGGUAAAGACAGGCCAGAGGAGAAGAGGCAGAAGAGGAGAGAAAGCAGGCUCUUUGCGAGCAGCCCAGGUUGGAGAAAGGCUCUGUACUUUUGGCGUUCCUGCGGGGAUAUCCCCUCUCACGUUGGCAGCCAGGCUGAGAAAGGGCUUCAAGAUCCCCGCAGAAUGACAACUCUUGUUCCUGCAACCCUCUCCUUCCUUCUUCUCUGGACCCUGCCAGGGCAGGUCCUCCUCAGGGUGGCCUUGGCAAAAGAGGAAGUCAAAUCUGGAACCAAGGGGUCCCAGCCCAUGUCCCCCUCUGAUUUCCUAGACAAACUUAUGGGGCGAACAUCUGGAUAUGAUGCCAGGAUUCGGCCCAAUUUUAAAGGCCCACCCGUGAACGUGACCUGCAACAUCUUCAUCAACAGUUUCAGCUCCGUCACCGAGACCACAAUGGACUACCGGGUGAAUGUCUUCUUGCGGCAACAGUGGAAUGACCCUCGCCUGUCCUACCGAGAAUAUCCUGAUGACUCUCUGGACCUCGAUCCCUCCAUGCUGGACUCUAUCUGGAAGCCAGACCUGUUCUUUGCUAAUGAGAAAGGGGCCAACUUCCAUGAGGUGACCACGGACAACAAGUUACUGCGCCUCUUCAAGAAUGGGAAUGUGCUGUACAGCAUCAGGCUGACCCUCAUUUUGUCCUGCCCGAUGGACCUCAAGAACUUCCCCAUGGACAUCCAGACCUGCACGAUGCAGCUGGAGAGCUUUGGCUACACCAUGAAUGACCUCGUGUUUGAGUGGCUGGAAGAUGCUCCUGCUGUCCAAGUGGCUGAGGGGCUGACUCUGCCCCAGUUUAUCUUGCGGGAUGAGAAGGAUCUAGGCUGUUGUACCAAGCACUACAACACAGGGAAAUUCACCUGCAUCGAGGUAAAGUUUCACCUGGAACGGCAGAUGGGCUACUAUCUGAUUCAGAUGUACAUCCCCAGCCUACUCAUUGUCAUCCUGUCCUGGGUCUCCUUCUGGAUCAACAUGGAUGCUGCCCCUGCCCGUGUGGGCCUGGGCAUCACCACCGUGCUCACCAUGACCACCCAGAGCUCUGGCUCCCGGGCCUCUUUGCCUAAGGUGAAGAGACAUGCAAGGGAACUUGCUUGCCAUAGAGUACCCCAUUUCCCAUUCAUCCCAAUGUGCCCUCCUGCUCACCAUUUACCUUGGAUUUAAGGUUGAGAAGACCCACUGGGCAAAAGCUGGUGUCCUGCAUUCUCUCUCCCUGUAAUAUACUGCUAAUAACAUUGUUGACAAUGUGGAGGCUGGGGUUAGGGAUACUAUCUGGC